GCAGACACUAACUAGCACAGAUGUUUAAGCAAAGGGCAGUUGGAACAUUUGGUGCUUGGCGCUGCUUACCUGCAUGUGGAAACAUGGUUCCAUCAUAAACACAGCCCCCAUUCAACCCCACAGGAUCAUGUGGUUUAACAUGUUUCCCAUUUUUGUCUUUUUGUUUUCACUUUACCAAAAUAAACCGAGAGAGAAGCUAUAUGGAAUCCUGUUUGCGUUGUGCUGUGUUCAGUCUCCUUUCCUUUUCUUUCUUUCUAGCUUCCGCAACUUUUUCACCUGCCUGACUUACACAGACUUGUCCAUUUCAAGGCGAGACUGAAUCACCGACGACAAGAUGCCAGAAGGUAGCAGUUUAGCCGACCAAGCAGGGUCCAAGCCCCUACCCGAUCACAACGCAGAGCCCCAAAACCCAGUCCUCUCACCAGAAACCCAAGAGCCAGCCGACAAAACCCUCCCACCCUACCAAACGACACCCCCUACAGGCCAGGAGAUGGUGGCUCCAACGACGCUCGUCCUCGCCGGCCAGGCAAUCCACGCCCUUACUACCGACUCGCCUGCUCUGUACCGCCUCAGCCUGGGCAUCUCAGACCUAUCCGCCAUCACCACCAAGGUAGAACUCUCUCGUAUCGACAGCUCGGGCCGGGGACGGCUAAUCUACGAACUCCACCACCUAAAAGCCCCCGCGGGCGGCAUGUACAGCAUGCCGUCCGAAUCCCCAGGGUACCACAUCCAGCGGGCGAGCAGCCGGGUGUCGGGUCCCGCGGCGGUGGGGCUGAAAAAGACGCGCUCGCUGCUGUCGCGUAGAACCACCGGCUUGAGCGCCCUGCCAGUUGAUCCGUCCGGCACGGCGAGCAAGUUUGGGCUGCCGACGUUUGUGAAGAACGCCGCGCCCAUUCUCACGACCGACGGGCGCGAGUGGAAGGACGCGCAGAAUAAGACUAUCGCCCUUGUGCAUGAUGAUAAAGAUGACAAGCAGCACAGCCUGAUUGUGACAGCGGCAAUGACCCGCGCCCAGUUCGAUAUACUGGUGGCUCUGUGGUGCUGUCAUAUCUGGGAGUUUGGUGUGGCCCAUGCCGAAAAGAUCCAUGAAGGCGUCAAUGGAUUGAAGAGGAAGCUGCGGCAAAGUAGAGACUUUGGGAUGAUGUAUAGCGCGGCACCGUUGGGCAUGGUUGGGACGUCUUCCAAGUUUUCCAAAUGAUGUGGUCAUCGUACUGUAGGCUUGAUAAUCCUCGAGGCCAUUUUCUCCAGCUAAUAAAUACGCACGGAAAUUGAGUAAUUUUUGAUUGGGAAGCAGUUAUUCUGGUUGAUCUUAGCAUCCUGGUUUGAUCUUGGGCUGUGAAGACGUGUCCACGGGCGCAUGCAUCUAUCCCCUCCACAGCCCACAGCUCUCGGGUUCCCCCGCUGUCCUGGGUGUGAAGGUGUGAAGGCGAAGCUGCGCGGAGAAUUAAUUCCAACGUAGAUUUAUACCGUUCGACAUGGAGAUUCCACCCCACGUGUACAG